GGCGGACCAUACAAAAGCCAGGGGGGAGGGGCUACUACCCCCCUCCCUACCUCACGGCCUGCUAAUUAGCUCCCCCUAAGUAGCCGCCCCCAGCUAAUUAAUUAACCCCCCCCGGGGGACGAUGACUCAUGGCAAUAACCUGGCCAUGGCCAUCACCCCAAUUAACCCCUCAAAGCUAAUUAACCCCUUGGCCAUAUUCCAGCAGCUAAUUAACCACCAGAGUCAUUAACGCCCUCGCGAAUUAUGGUCUGGGCAUAGCUAAUUAACAUUAAUGCAUUAAUAAAGAGUAAUAAUGACCCCCCAGUCGCCCAUGAUGCCUAACGCCCAACUGAUCCCCACAGGGUAAUUAAUAUGUUAACGAUAACAUCACAACAGCCAAUCACCCCAAAUUUCAUUCAUCUCAAUAACAAUCAUUAAUAUCACCACCAUUGCUAUCAACAAAUAUUAAUUACCAUCCCCCCAAUUAACAUCAAUAACGAGAGCCAAUCACUCCUAAGUAACAUAAUUCAUACAUAGCCCAGAGUUCAUUAAAUAACCAAUAAUCCCUCAUUAAUAAAGGGGCUACAAUUAAUAACCUCUAAUAUAAUCAAUAUACGAUACUUAGGAAACAGUCAUUCAAAAGCCAACACGCUGGAAAAACCCAUAAUUAACGCAGAGCCAUUAAUUAGCUCCUUCUGAAUAAUUAGAGAAUUGACGACAGGCCAUGAUUAAAGCACCCAUAAAUAUUAAAUACUGCCCCAAAGGCCCAUGGUAACAGAUAAAUAACCAAUCAAAAGGCAGCCAAGAGCCAAACUAUAAGUGAACAAUGCAAAAUAAGUAGUAAAUACCCACAAUCUUUCAUUGUAAAGACAUAACCCACGAAACAGGCCUCAUUAAAUACAUGAUGAUAUUCAUAAAUAACCCACAAGACAUAAUAAAAUAACACACAAAGGAGGGAUGGCCACUAAUGGCCAAUAAUAACGAAAGAACCACUGCCCAGAAUAGAGAUUUACCGAUUAUGAGCAGCAUGGACUGGUUCCACUGCAAUCAGUGCUUCCGCCAAGAUGGUGCCAACUUCUGCAUCACCAGCUGUGGACACCUCUUCUGCAGGAAAUGCUUUGCUGCGGAGAUAUGCCCCAUUUGUGGAGUGACCUGCAAAUAUCUAUGUCUCGCCGAUAAUAUGAAACCCCAAGAAAAGAUCUUUUUCAAGAGCCCAGUGGAAACGGCCCUCAAAUAUCUGGCCCACAUCUCCCAGGUGUGGAGUUUCCAGCGGGCGCAGAGCGAGCGGCUUCUCUCGUUCUACAAGGACAGGGUGUCCCAGGCGGAGGGGUCCCUGCAGGAGACGCGCCAGAAACUUUCCACCCGCAACAGGGAGCUGGAGGCGCUGAGGCAGGAGAACGACGAGCUGAAGAAAUAUCUGAGCAUCCUCAAGGCCUCGCCCAGCCGAUGCCAGGGCAGCAGGGGCAGUACCCCCCGGCCGGUUGGCAUCACCUCCCCCUCACAGAGCGGUGCCCUGCGGCCCCGCACCCAGCUCUGCAGCCAGGUGGUCAGCCGCUCCUCCUCGCUGGAGUCCAUCCCCUACCGCCUCUCCAGCACCCCCAGCUGGCCGCAGGCUCCAGGACCUGCCCAGACCCCCACUGGCUCCAGCAUCGCCACCCCGUCUCCCGCCUCCACCCAGAGCCUGUCCUACUGGGCCUCCUCCUCCUCCACCCAGACCCCCGCGCUGGGCACCUUCCCCUUGCGCCCCCCCGGGCGGGGGCCACUGGAGGGCGAGGCCGGGCAGGGCCGGGGCCCCCCCACGCUGGCACUGGGCAUCUUCACAGCUAAGAUUCACCCCCCAACUCACCCCCUCCCAGCAUGGCAGGGCCCCCAGUGCCAGCCAGGCCCCCCAACUGUAGCGUGUGGGGCACGGAAACUGCCCAGGCUCCCCAGCACCCGACGGACUCUGCCCCUGCAGUCCCCUGGGGAGCGGAGCGGCUGUGGGGGGGGGGGGGUGCCUCCCCACCCCAUCACAGCUGCCCCCCCCCCUACCUCCCCUCCAGGCCAGUCUAACAGCCCCCCCAUACUUGCCCACACUGGCCUGGCCCAAGGGUCGCCAUUCCUCCAGCCCCCCAUGCACCUGCCUCCCCACCCAGCCAGCCCCAGGGCCAGGGCUCUGUUAUCCCCCCCACAAGCUGGGAUCAGAGCCAUUGGGGGGUGGUCACACCACUGGAGUCCAGCCCCCCAUUAUCCCUGUCCCCCCCCCAGCUGGGGUGCCCCCAAAUGGCACUGAUCCCCCUGGAGCCCAGACCAUCCCCCCCAUUGACAAUAAAUGUCUGGCUUUUC